AGUAGCAGCAGCAGCAGUAAUAGUAGCAGCAGCAGCAGCAGUAAUAGUAGCAGCAGCAGCAGUAGUAGUAGUAGUAGUAGUAAUAGUAGCAGCAGCAACAGUAAUAGUAGCAGAAGCAGCAGUAGUAAUAGUAGCAGCAGCAGCAGCAGUAAUAGUAGCAGCAGCAGUAGUAGCAGUAGUAGCAGCAGCAGCAGUAAUAGUAGUAGCAGCAGCAGCAGUAGUAGUAGUAGUAGUAGUAAUAGUAGCAGCAGCAGCAGUAAUAGUAGCAGCAGCAGCAGCAGUAAUAGUAGCAGCAGCAGCAGUAGUAGUAGUAGUAAUAGUAGCAGCAGCAGCAGUAAUAGUAGCAGCAGCAGCAGCAGUAAUAGUAGCAGCAGCAGCAGUAGUAGUAGUAGUAGUAGUAGUAAUAGUAGCAGCAGCAGCAGUAAUAGUAGCAGCAGCAGCAGCAGUAAUAGUAGCAGCAGCAGCAGUAGUAGUAGUAGUAGUAAUAGUAGCAGCAGCAGCAGUAAUAGUAGCAGCAGCAGCAGCAGUAAUAGUAGCAGCAGCAGCAGUAGUAGUAGUAGUAGUAAUAGUAGCAGCAGCAGCAGUAAUAGUAGCAGCAGCAGCAGUAGUAAUAAUAGUAGCAGCAGCAGCAGCAGUAAUAGUAGCAGCAGCAGUAGUAGCAGUAGUAGCAGCAGCAGUAAUAGUAGCAGCAGCAGCAGUAGUAGUAGUAGUAGUAGUAAUAGUAGUAGCAGCAGCAGUAAUAGUAGCAGCAGCAGCAGUAGUAGUAGUAGCAGCAGCAGCAGUAGUGGUAGUAGUAGUAAUAGUAGCAGCAGCAGCAGUAAUAGUAGCAGCAGCAGCAGCAGUAAUAGUAGCAGCAGCAGUAGUAGUAGUAGUAGUAGUAGUAAUAGUAGCAGCAGCAGCAGUAAUAGUAGCAGCAGCAGCAGUAGUAAUAGUAGCAGCAGCAGCAGUAGUAGUAGUAGCAGCAGCAGUAGUAGUAAUAGUAGCAGCAGCAGCAGUAGUAGUAGUAGCAGCAGCAGCAGUAAUAGUAGCAGCAGCAGCAGCAGUAGUAGUAGUAGUAGUAGUAGUAGUAGUAGUAACAGUAGCAGCAGCAGCAGUAAUAGUAGCAGCAGCAGCAGUAGUAGUAGUAGCAGCAGCAGCAGUAAUAGUAGCAGCAGCAGCAGUAGUAGUAGUAGCAGCAGCAGCAGUAAUAGUAGCAGCAGCAGCAGUAAUAGUAGCAGCAGCAGCAGUAGUAAUAGUAGCAGCAGCAGCAGUAGUAAUAGUAGCAGCAGCAGCAGUAGUAGUAGUAGUAGUAAUGCGCUUGGACAAAGGAACAUACCUCGGUCGUGCACACCUGGAUACCGACAGAUGUCGCUGCUGGCAACUUGCUCCCCGCGCUGCCGUGGACACGGCUGUACCAACUUCAAUCCACAGUGGCGACUCAAACUUUCUGCAGUCAUACAGCAUGACGACUGCUAUGCCAGUAUCUCCUUUUACCCCAGUCUUGUGAGUGUCAUCAACUGCUUUUGCAUGAAGGCAUAUCUUGGUAUCUGCCUCCUUGUGGUUAUGUCUAAGGUCAUCGACCACUUCCCACUUGAGAACUCCAUCUACAACUUUGCCAGGAACUGUGGGAAGGCUGGCAGUGACAAGAUUCGGGAAAGUCUGCUCAGCGUUCCAGAAAAUGGACAGUCACACCACCGAGAAUUCCUACAGUCCUGCAUUAGUGAUCUCAACAGAUUUGAAGAGAAGAUAAAGUCCUUUACAAAUGAUUGUGUGAAGAAUCAAAGAGCUAAAGACCACAUAAUAGCUGAACUUAAGAGUACAAGAUAUCUUAUGAUCCUGGCAAGGGAGUGGCAGGACCAGCAAUAUGCACAGAUAAUUGGAAGCCGCCAGCUCUACCUUGAUAUUCCAGGGGAAUGCCAUCAUUUCAAAGUUGUAGAUGGAGUUCUCAAGUGUGAUGUGGUCGAUGACCUUAAAAAUAACCACGAGGAGGCGGAUACCAAGAUAUGCCUUCAUGCAAAAGCAGUUGAUGACACUCACAAGACUGGGGUAAAAGGAGACAUAGUCAUCCGUGCGUCAGAUGAAAACGGGAUCGUUGGUGAUGAGAGCAUUGAAGAGGAAGACAUGACAGUAUCAUCUGAAGAUGAGGCAGUCCUUUCUGAGGAUAAAGAUUAA